CAUCUAUGGAAGCCAUGAGCGAAACACAAACAUUGCGCGCAGGCGCCUCCACGCAUGAUUUAACUCUCCGCUGAGGUUGCCAACCAUAGUUCCUAACCCCGUGGGCGACGUAAUGUUAAAUACCGGGGAAGGGGACUACAUCAAGAGUGCGCGUGCGCAAAGGUCAGUUUAGGUGUAACCACGCUGCUCGCGAGAAGUUCUAUCUCGGCGGUAUGAGACGAUCCGUUUGGCACUCGGGAGAGAUGUUACGAAUACGCGUGCGUGACACGAACACAUACGAGACAAGCUGCCGCCUUUACAAGAGCGGAGAUGCGGCAUGUUGGUUCGGGAAGCCAUGGAGCAGCCUGAGGGCAGAUGAAGAUGCAAAGAAAGAAAGAGAACAGCUUAUAAGUGGAGGAGGAGAAUGUGUUAAUUCCAAGGAAGAAGAAACAGACACCAUCAUAGAAAGUCCAGUUCAGUGUGAAGAGGCUGAAGCAACUGUAUGUUCCGUGGCUUCCCCGUGUCACAAAGCUGUUCCAGAAGGAUGGGAGAAGAUCAUAAAGGAAAGACAGACUGGCAGAACUAAAGGAAAAUAUGACAUUUAUUUUGUCAGUCCCCAAGGAGUGAAGGUCCGAUCCAAACGUGCACUUUUGGAUUACUUUAAAAAGAACAGAGAGACUAUUCUUAAAUUAGAGGACUUUGAUUUUUCUGCUUCUGUUCAGAAGAGUACACAAUCAAGAACCAAAGGAUCAAUUACAAGAACUGUGGGAAGGAAAGGACAGAACUGUAUCUCUAGCAGCCAGACUCUAGAUCUUGGACUGCAAAGUAGUGAAGAACGUACAUCUUUUCUGCAAAAUAAAAUUUUGGAAUUUCAAACCAAUGCUGGUGAGCCAGAUUUGCUGGAUGAAUCCACUAGAGAGGAUACUUCAAAGGAUUGUUGUUUCAGAACCAAAGAAAAUAAUGUUGCUGUAAGAGAGCUCAAGAUGAAGAAACCUAGAAACUGUUCAGAAAUGGGGAAUCUGGAUAAUACCCAUAACAACAGAGAAAGAAACCCAUCACAAAAAAGCCAAGGAGCUGAAAAAAAAUCGAGAAGAAAGAAAAAUGUAUGUAUUUUUAAUAGAGACCAUAAAGUGUGCCAGAGAGGCUCAAGAAAAAGGAAAACAUGCUUGAAGGAUGAACUGUUGAUUUCUGAACCGAAAUUGAAAUCGCAUGUUAGACCAAUAGGAGCUUUCUUGGAACACAAGUCAAGCACAGAAAUUUUAAAACAUGGUCCCACCAAUGAAACUGCUGCAGCAGAUGAUAAAAGCUUUUCAAAACUGGAAAACCAGAGAAAUAGGGUGACCUCAGAGAGCCAAGAUUUAAAUAUUACUUCCAGUGCGGGUGAUAAUGUUUUGCAGACAUGUAAUGAGAGCCGUUUUACAUCAGUAAAAGAGGACCGUGUUCAAAGACCUCAAGUGGAGAGAAGGAAAACCAGUCCAUAUUUUUCCAGUAAAUUCACCAAAGAAGCUCCAAGCCCACCUAGAAGGAAGGCCUUCAGGAAAUGGACUCCACCUCGCUCUCCUUUUAAUUUAGUCCAAGAAACACUCUUUCAUGAUCCAUGGAAGCUUCUCAUUGCAACUAUAUUUCUGAAUAAGACCUCAGGUAAGAUGGCCAUCCCUGUGCUGUGGGAAUUUUUGAAGAAAUAUCCUUCACCUGGAAUAGCAAGAGCUGCAGACUGGAAGGAAAUGUCAGAGUUGCUUAAACCUCUUGGUCUAUAUGAACUCAGAGCAAAAACCAUCAUCAGAUUUUCAGAUGAAUAUCUGGUCAAAAAAUGGAGAUAUCCUAUUGAGUUGCAUGGGAUUGGAAAAUAUGGAAAUGACUCUUACAGGAUCUUUUGCAUCAAUGAGUGGAAAGAGGUACAGCCACAAGACCAUAAGUUGAAUGUAUAUCAUGCCUGGCUUCAGGAAAAUCAUGGGAAACUGAAUCUUAAUACAUAGCUUUGUGGAGGCACAAGUUUACUAAUUUUUUUUUAGUAGCUUGCUUUUUCAACCAUCCCUCUUGGUUAUUGUAAAUGUAAACUUUUAUAUACAUAUUUGUACUUUGGACACUGUGUAUUAAAUUUUAGUGUUGGUUUAUGUACUUUAUAUUCUUCAAACCUGUUGUAAUAAAAGUUGACUAAGAAUUGUUUUAAUAUUAAGUGAUAGUUUCAACUAUGCAAAUACCAAACAACUAUGAAAUAUAUUUAGUGUUACUAGAAUGCAACAUAAUUGCAGAAUGAUCCUACAAUUGCUGCUACAAUGGAUGCCGUUUUGUAUUGCAUUUACUGAAGUCCUCAUAGCAUAGUUUUAGAGAUAUAAAUUCAGCAGAUAGGAACUUGACCACUUGGCUAAACACUUCACGCAUACAUGGAGGAGACCAAUAAAAUAAGUGGAGUUAA